AUGGGCGUGAGCGUGUGGGAUGAUGAAGUGGUGCUCCAGUGCGUGGCCUGCAUCCAGAAGGAGAAUCGCAAGUUCUGCCUGGCUGCUGAGGGUCUGGGGAACCGGCUGUGUUACCUGGAGCCCACAUCUGAGGCGAAGUAUGUUCCUCCAGACCUGUGCAUCUGCACCUUUGUGCUGGAGCAGUCUCUGUCGGUACGGGCCCUGCAGGAGAUGCUGGCUAAGAGCGGACAGAACAGUGAAGGGGCAGCGCAGAGCGGCGGACACAAGACUCUUCUGUACGGACACGCCAUCCUCCUGCGGCAUUCCUUCAGCUCUAUGUACCUGGCCUGUUUGAAGACAUCAAGGUCACAGACAGAUAAGCUGUCCUUUGAUGUCGGCCUGCAGGAGGACUCAACAGGUGAGGCCUGUUGGUGGACCAUCCACCCUGCCUCCAAACAGAGAUCGGAAGGAGAGAAAGUGCGCAUCGGUGAUGACCUCAUCCUCGUCAGUGUGUCCUCAGAGCGAUACCUUCACUUAUCCAUCUCCAAUGGCAAUAUCCAGGUGGAUGCUUCCUUCAUGCAAACCCUGUGGAAUGUCCAUCCCAUCUGCUCUGGUAGCAACAUAGAGGAAGGCUACCUGCUGGGCGGUCAUGUGAUGCGGCUGUUCCAUGGACACGAUGAGGUAGUGACCAUCCCGGGAUCAGACCAGAGUGAAGAGCAGCAGAGGAUAGUCAACUAUGAGACGGGUAAUGCCGGCGCCAAGGCCAGGUCCUUGUGGAGGCUGGAGCCACUCAGAAUCAGCUGGAGUGGGAGCCACAUCCGCUGGGGCCAGCCUUUCCGACUGCGCCACCUGACCACUGGUCACUACCUGGCCCUGACCGAGGACCGGGGGUUGGUGCUGCAGGACCGAGAGAAGUCCGACACCGUCGCCACAGCCUUCUGCUUCAGAGUCUCUAAGGAGAAGCUGGAGCAGAGCCCCAAGCGGGACAUCGAGGGCAUGGGGGUGGCGGAGAUUAAAUACGGGGACUCACUCUGCUUCAUCACGCACGUGGCCACGGGACUCUGGCUCUCCUAUCAGGCACCUGAUGUCAAAUCUGCCCGUCUGGGUCCCCUCAAGAGACGAGCGUGUCUACAUUCUGAAGGUCACAUGGAUGACGGGUUGACCCUGCAGCGCUGUCAACACGAAGAGUCCCGCGCAGCACGCAUUAUCCGCAACACCACCCUGCUCUUCAACAGAUUCAUCAGAGACCUAGACUGUCUGGGUCUUAAGAACAGGGCACUGGUCGCCCUGCCUGUCGAGGAGGUGCUCCAAACUCUCAAUGACCUCAUCACCUAUUUCCAGCUCCCUGACGCUGAGCUGGAGCACGAAGAGAGGCAGAUCAAACUGCGCUCGCUCAAGAACCGACAGAAUCUAUUCAAACAGGAAGGCAUGCUGACUCUGGUUUCCAACUGUAUCGACCGUCUGAACGUGUACAACAGUGCGGCCCACUUUGGAGAGUGUGCCGGGUCUGAAGCCGGAGCAGCCUGGAAAGAUAUUCUCAAUCUGCUGUACGAGCUGCUGGCGGCGUUAAUCCGAGGGAACAGGAACAACUGCACGCAGUUCUCCAACAACUUGGACUGGCUGGUGAGCAAGCUGGAGAGACUGGAGUCUUCUUCAGGCAUCCUGGAAGUUCUGCACUGCAUUCUAAUUGAGAGCCCCGAGGCCCUCAACAUCAUCCAGAGAGGACACAUUAAGUCCAUCAUAUCCCUGCUCUACAAGCACGGACGCAACCACAAGAUUCUGGAUGUGCUUUGCUCGCUGUGUGUGUGUAAUGGUGUAGCUGUGCGAACCAAUCAGAACCUUAUCUGUGAUCACUUGCUGCCCAAGAGAGAUCUGCUGCUGCAGACCCAGCUGGUCAAUGAUGUGCAGAGUAUGAGACCGAAUAUCUUCCUUGGGGUGAGCGAGGGCUCAGCUCAGUAUAAGAAGUGGUACUAUGAGCUGAUGAUCGACCAGGUGGACCAUUUUGUGACCAGCGAGCCCUCCCACCUGAGAGUGGGCUGGGCCAACGCUAAAGGAUACGCUCCCUACCCUGGAGGAGGAGAGGGCUGGGGGGGCAAUGGAGUUGGAGAUGACCUCUACUCUUAUGGUUUUGAUGGACUCCACCUCUGGUCAGGUCGUAUCCCGCGGGCGGUUGCGUCCAUGAACCAGCACAUCCUGACCUCAGAGGAUGUAGUGAGCUGUUGUCUGGACCUGGGAGCACCCAGCAUCUCUUUCAGGAUCAAUGGACAGCCUGUCCAGGGCAUGUUCGAAAAUUUCAACACAGACGGCCUCUUCUUCCCUGUUGUCAGCUUCUCUGCAGGGGUCAAGGUGCGAUUCCUUUUGGGUGGUCGACACGGCGACUUUAAGUUCCUGCCUCCGUCAAGCUACGCUCCAUGUUAUGAGGCUCUGCUGCCGAAAGAGAAGAUGAAGGUCGAGCCGGUGAAAGAGUACAAGAGGGAUAUGGAGGGAGUCAGAGAUCUGCUGGGCACCACCCAGUUCAUGUCACAGGCCUCCUUCAUCCCCACACCUGUGGAAACCAGCCAGAUUGUGAUGCCACCUCAUUUGGAGAAGGUUCGGGACAAGCUGGCUGAGAACAUUCAUGAACUGUGGGGCAUGAAUAAGAUUGAGCUGGGCUGGUCGUACGGCAAGAUAAGGGAUGAUAAUAAGCGGCAGCAUCCAUGCCUGGUGGAUUUCUCCAAGCUGCCAGAAACAGAAAAGAACUACAAUCUGCAGAUGUCAACAGAAACUCUGAAGACCCUGCUGGCAUUGGGCUGUCGUGUAGUUCACGUGAAUCCAAAUGCUGAGGACUCCCUCAAGAAGAUAAAACUCCCUAAGAACUACAUGAUGUCCAAUGGCUAUAAGCCAUCUCCGCUGGACCUGUCUGACAUAAAACUGACUCCGGGUCAGGAGCUGCUGGUGGACAAACUGGCAGAGAAUGCGCACAAUGUGUGGGCCAAGGACCGUAUCAAACAGGGAUGGACCUACGGCAUCCAGCAGGAUCUGAAGAGUAAGCGCAACCCUCGCCUGGUUCCUUAUGUUCUGCUGGAUGAGCGCACCAAGAAGUCGAACAGGGACAGCCUCCGGGAGGCUAUCCGCACCCUGAUUGGCUAUGGAUACAACAUUGAGCCCUCGGACCAAGAAGGCGGACAAGUGGCUGAGCGGCUCAGCAUCGACAAGAUCCGCUUCUUCAGAGUAGAGAGGACGUACUCGGUGAAGACCGGGAAAUGGUACUUUGAAUUUGAGUCUGUGACGGGAGGAGACAUGAGAGUGGGCUGGGCCAGGCCUGGAUGUAAGCCAGAUGUGGAACUUGGCACAGAUGAGCUGGCUUUCGUCUUCGAUGGAUACAGGGGCCAUUGUCUGAACAUGGGCAGCCGUUUGUUCGGGCGGUGCUGGCAUGCUGGGGACGUGGUGGGCUGUAUGAUCAACAUGGAAGACAAGUCCAUGAUCUUCACCCUUAAUGGAGAGAUCCUCAUCACCACCAAGGGCUCGGAACUCUGCUUCACCGACUUUGAAACUGAGGAUGGAUUCAUCCCAGUGUGCAGUCUCGGCCUGUCUCAGGUGGGUCGGAUGAAUCUGGGGAAAGAUGCGAGCACCUUCAAGUACUACACCAUGUGCGGCCUUCAGGAAGGGUUUGAGCCCUUCGCUGUCAACAUGAACAGAGAGGUCACCAUGUGGUUCAGCAAGCGUCUGCCUACUUUUGUCAACGUGCCGAAGGACCACAACCACAUCGCAGUGACCAGGAUUGACGGCACCAUCGACAGCCCCCCGUGUCUUAAAGUGACCCAUAAGACGUUUGGCACCCAGAACAGUAACGCCGACAUGGUGUUUUGCCGUCUCAGCAUGCCUGUGGAGUUCCACUCCUUCUUCAAGUCCUGUCCAGUUGUGGACAUGAACGGAGUGCAUGAGGAAGACACCCUUAAAGUCAAACACAGGUGCUCACCUCCCCAGAAUCAUGAAUACUAUCAUUCAGUGAGGGUUUUCGCGGGUCAGGACCCUGCCGGCGUGUGGGUUGGAUGGGUUACCCCCGACUACCAUUACCAUAGCAACAAUUUCAACCUCAGCAAAAACAGAACGGUGACUGUAACCCUGGGCGAUGAGCGAGGACGAGUCCACGAGAGUGUGAAGAGGAGUAACUGCUACAUGGUGUGGGGUGGUGACGUGACCAACGCUGCUCACACCUCCAGUCGCAGCAACGUGGACUUGGAGAUUGGCUGUCUGAUAGACCUGGCCACCGGCCUGGUGACAUUCACUGUCAAUGGCAAAGAGAUAUCCACCUCUUACCAGGUGGAACCGAACACCAAGCUCUUCCCUGCUGUGUUUGUGCGACCCACCAGCCCGAACCUCUUCCAGUUUGAGCUGGCUAAAAUAAAGAACGCCAUGCCACUGUCGUCAGCCAUCUUUAAGAGUGAACAUAAGAACCCGGUGCCACAGUGUCCGCCGCGUCUAGACGUCCAGACCAUCAAUGCAGUGCUGUGGAGCCGCAUGCCCAACACCUUUCUGAAGGUGGAAACAGCCAGGGUCAAUGACAGACACGGCUGGGUGGUGCAGUGCGUGGAGCCCCUGCAGAUGUUGGCUGUACACAUACCUGAGGAGAACAGAUGUGUCGACAUCAUGGAGCUGUCUGAACAGGAGGACAUGAGGAAGUUCCAUUACCACACCCUGAAGCUCUACUGCGCCCUCUGCGCUCUGGGCAACACCCGUGUGGCCCACGCCCUCUGCAGCCACCUCGACCAAUCCCAGCUCUUAUACACCAUCGACAAUCAGUACCUGUCGGGCAUGUUACGCGAGGGCUUCUACAACGUUCUGAUCAGCAUCCACCUGGAGACUGCCAAGGAGGCACGGCUCAUGAUGAAAGACGAGUUCAUCAUCCCCGUCACGGCCGAGACACGCUCCAUCCGUCUCUUUAACGACGCUUCCAAAAAGCACCUCCCGCCAGGGGUGGGGCUCAGCACCUCCCUCAAACCACGCCUCAACUUUGCUCCGCUCUGUUUCAUCAGCAACAAACGGGAGCAAUAUCUGUACAGUCCCCAAAUCCCGCUGGAUUCACUGAAGGAGAAAGCGAUUUUGAUGUUGACGGAAGCCGUUCAAGGUGGAGGGCACCACAUCCGAGAUCCUGUGGGAGGAGGUGUGGAGUACCAGUUUGUGCCGAUCCUGAAGCUCAUCAGCACCUUGCUGACUAUGGGUGUAUUAGGGAGUGAGGAUGUUCACAAGAUCCUACUGCUCAUCGACCCGAAUGUGUUCAGAGAAACACACGAGGAGGGGGCUGCAGGGGCCACAGACAAAGAAGGACUCACAGGGACAGAGGAGAAGGCAGUGGAAGCUGGAGAAGAGGAGGCAGCGAAAGAGGCUAAACAGCCAAUGAAAGGACUGCUGGAGAAGAGGCUGCCGGAGCCUGUGAAACGACAGAUGUGCGAGCUGCUCCACUAUUUCUGCGACUGUGAGCUGAAGCACCGCAUCGAGGCCAUCGUGUCGUUCUCCGACAACUUCGUCUCCAAGCUGCAGUACAACCAGAAGUUCCGCUACAAUGAGUUGAUGCUGGCCCUCAACAUGUCUGCCGCUGUAACGGCAAAGAAGACCAAAGAGUUCAGAUCGCCUCCUCAAGAACAGAUCAACAUGCUGCUGACCUUCAGUAUGGGCGAGGAUUGUCCGUGUCCGACGGACAUCCAGGAGGAACUCUACAUUUUUCACAACCAGCUGCAGCUCCACUGUGGAAUCCCUAUGGAGGAAGACGAAGACGAGCAAGACACAUCUAUCAAAGGUCGCCUCCUAAUGCUGGUGAGCAAGAUCAAAGGCCAGUCUCACAAAGCAGAGGAGCCCACAGAGAAGGAGCAGGCCGCACCAUCCAAUCUGAAGGAGCUGAUCUCUCAGACCAUGGUCAGCUGGGCCCAGGAGUGUCACAUCCAGGACCCAGAGCUGGUCCGUAAGAUGUUCAGCCUGCUGAGGAGGCAGUAUGACAGCAUCGGGGAGCUGCUCCGGGCCAUGAGGAAGACUUACACCAUCAGUGCCGCCUCGGUGCAGGACACCAUCAACCUCCUGGCCUCCCUGGGUCAGAUCAGAUCUCUGCUGUCUGUCCGCAUGGGGAAAGAGGAAGAGAAGCUCAUGAUUGAUGGACUUGGCGAUAUCAUGAACAACAAGGUUUUCUACCAGCACCCAAACCUAAUGAGGAUACUGGGCAUGCAUGAGACUGUCAUGGAGGUCAUGGUGAAUGUGCUUGGAGGAGACAAAUCCCAGGAAAUCGCCUUCCCCAAGAUGGUGGCCAGCUGCUGUCGCUUCCUGUGCUACUUCUGCCGGAUCAGCCGUCAGAACCAGAAAGCCAUGUUCGACCACCUCAGUUACCUGCUGGAGAACAGCAGCGUGGGUCUAGCUUCACCGGCUAUGAGGGGCUCUACUCCUCUAGAUGUGGCUGCUUCCUCAGUGAUGGACAACAACGGCCUGGCUCUGGCACUGGAAGAACCUGAUCUGGACAAGGUGGUCACCUACCUGGCAGGAUGUGGUCUCCAGAGCUGUCCAAUGCUUCUGGCUAAAGGUUAUCCAGACAUUGGCUGGAACCCCAUCGAAGGGGAACGAUACCUUUCCUUCUUGCGGUUUGCCGUCUUCGUCAAUGGUGAGAGUGUGGAAGAGAACUCCAGCGUUGUGGUGAAGCUGCUCAUCCGUCGCCCGGAGUGUUUCGGACCGGCCCUGAGGGGAGAGGGAGGGAACGGCCUGCUGGCUGCCAUGAAGGAAGCCAUUAAAAUCUCCGAGACACCUGCUUUGGACCUGCCGGGCUCCGUCCAGGGAGUCUACUCCGACGUGUCUGGUGAUGGUGAUGACGAAGAGGAGGUGGUUCACAUGGGCAAUGCCAUUAUGUCCUUCUAUUCUGCGCUCAUUGACCUUUUGGGACGUUGUGCCCCAGAGAUGCAUAUCAUCAACAAGGGGAAAGGUGAAGCUCUGCGUAUUCGUGCCAUCUUGCGCUCUCUGGUGCCGACUGAGGACCUUGUGGGAAUAAUCAGCAUACCACUCAAAAUGCCCAUCAUCAACAAAGAUGGGUCAAUGACAGAGCCGGACAUGUCAGCCAGCUUUUGUCCAGACCACAAGGCCCCCAUGGUGCUGUUUCUGGACAGGGUGUACGGUAUUGAGGACCAGAGCUUUCUGCUUCACCUGCUGGAAGUGGGCUUUCUGCCUGAUCUGAGGGCUGCCACCUCUCUGGAUACGGAGGGUCUGUGUACGACAGAGACAGCCCUGGCCAUGAACCGCUACAUCGGCUCAGCCAUGCUCCCCCUCCUCACCCGCUGCGCCCCUCUCUUUGCGGGCACCGAGCACUACGCCAGCCUCAUCGACUCCACUCUUCACACCAUCUACCGCCUUUCCAAGGGCCGGUCCCUCACCAAGGCCCAGAGAGAUGCCAUAGAGGAGUGUCUGCUGUCUGUCUGCAAACACCUUCGUCCCUCCAUGCUGCAGCAGCUCCUGCGCCGCCUUGUCUUUGAUGUGCCCUUGCUGACUGAAUACUGCAAGAUGCCUCUCAGGCUGCUAACCAACCACUAUGAGCAGAACUGGAAGUUCUACUGCCUCCCGUCGGGCUGGGGCAGCUACGGCACAGCAUCUGAGGAUGAACUACUGCUCACCAAGAAAAUCUUCUGGGGAGUGUUUGAUUCUCUGUCCCAGAGGAAAUAUGAUGCAGAGCUAUUCAAGAUGGCCAUGCCUUGCCUCAGUGCUAUAGCUGGAGCUUUGCCACCUGACUAUGUGGACGCCUCUAUUAGUACCGCUGUGGAAAAGCCUGUUUCUGUAGAUGCUCAGGGCAACUUUGACCCAAAACCCAUCAAUACUGCUAACAUUGCCCUCCCAGAGAAGCUUGAGCACUUUGCCAACAAAUAUGCCGAACAUUCCCAUGAGAAAUGGUCUGCAGAGAAGGUGCUGCUGGGAUGGAAAUACGGAGACUGUGUGGAUGAGAAGGCCAAGACUCACCCUCAGCUCAGGACCUACAAAGCCCUAACAGAGAAGGAGAAGGAGAUUUACAGAUGGCCAAUAAGAGAGUCCCUGAAGAGCAUGCUGGCAAUGGGGUGGAGCAUCGAUAGGACCAAGGAUGGAGAGAGCAUGUCUCAACAGAGGGAGAAUGAGAAAAUGAGAAAGAUAUCUCAGACCUCACAGGCAAAUGGGUUCAAUCCGAGCCCGAUAGAUAUGAGCAACGUGGUUCUAUCCAGGGAGCUGCAGGGGAUGGUGGAGGUGGUGGCGGAAAAUUACCAUAACAUCUGGGCCAAGAAGAAAAAAAGUGACCUUGGAAGCAGAGGGGGGGGAACACACCCACUGCUGGUUCCCUACGACACGCUGACAGCCAAGGAGAAGGCCCGUGAUCGAGAGAAGGCCCAGGACCUUUUUCGCUUCCUGCAAAUCAAUGGCUACAGCAUCACAAGAGGUUUGAAGGACUUGGAGCAGGAUUCUUCUUCCAUGGAGAAGAGGUUUGCCUAUAAGUUUCUCAAGAAGCUGCUCAAGUAUGUGGACUCAGCUCAGGAGUUCAUCACCCACCUGGAGGCCAUGGCCGCCAGUGGAAAAACAGACCGGUCCCCUCAUGAGCAAGAAAUCAAGUUUUUCGCCAAAGUUCUUCUCCCUCUCAUCGACCAGUACUUCAAGAACCACUCUCUCUACUUCCUCUCCUCCCCCAACAAGAACCUGAGCAGCAGCGGUUACGCCUCCAACAAGGAGAAGGAGAUGGUCACCAGCCUGUUUUGUAAACUGGCAGCUCUUGUCAGACAUAGGAUUUCACUCUUUGGGAGUGACUCCACCACCAUGGUGAGCUGUCUGCACAUCCUGGCGCACACUCUGGACACCAGGACGGUGAUGAAGUCGGGCUCAGAGAUGGUGCGGGUGGGGCUGCGGACGUUCUUCGAGAACGCCGCAGAGGACCUGGAGAAGACGUUCGAGAACCUGAAGCUGGGGAAGUUCACUCACUCCCGCUCGCAGAUGAAAGGGGUGUCGCAGAAUAUCAACUACACCACUGUAGCUCUGCUCCCCAUCUUAACCGCUCUGUUUGAACACAUCACUCAGCACCACUUUGGAGUCGACCUGCUGCUGGAUGAUGUCCAAGUGUCCUGCUAUCGAAUCCUGACCAGCCUCUAUGCACUGGGCACUGGAAAAAACAUCUACGUAGAAAGACAGCUGCCAGCUCUGGGCCAGUGUCUGGCCACCCUUGCCGGGGCCAUGCCUGUGGCCUUCUUGGAGCCAUUGCUCAACACGUACAACCCCUGCUCGGUUUUUAAUACCAAGAGUGCCCGAGAACGAGCCAUCCUCGGCAUACCAGACUCAGUGGAGGAGGUGUGUCCCGGGAUGCCGCGGCUGGAUGGCCUGAUGAAGGACAUCAAUGACAUGGCUGAGUCUGGAGCGCGGUACACAGAGAUGCCGCACGUUAUAGAGGUGGUGUUGCCUAUGCUGUGCAACUAUCUGUCCUACUGGUGGGAGAGGGGGCCUGAGAACCAGCCAGCCAGCGGGGGCAGCGUCUGCUGCACCACCGUCACCUCAGAGCACCUCAGCCUCAUUCUUGGCAACAUCCUCAAGAUCCUCAACAACAACCUGGGCAUCGAUGAGGCGUCCUGGAUGAAGAGGAUUGCAGUGUACGUGCAACCCAUUAUCAGCAAGGCUCGCGCUGACCUGCUGAAGAGCCACUUCCUGCCCACGCUGGAGAAGCUAAAGAAGAAGACAGUGAAGGUGGUGGCUGAGGAGGAGCUGUUGAAGGCGGACAGUAAGGGAGACACCCAGGAGGCCGAGCUGCUCAUCCUGGACGAGUUUGCUGUACUCUGCAGGGACCUGUACGCCUUUUACCCCAUGCUUAUCCGCUACGUGGACAACAACAGGUCCAGGUGGCUGAAAGAACCAGAUGCUGACUCCAAUGAUCUCUUCAGAAUGGUCGCUGAGAUUUUUAUCCUCUGGUGCAAGUCACAUAAUUUCAAACGAGAGGAACAGAACUUUGUGGUUCAAAAUGAAAUUAACAACCUUUCCUUCUUGACUGGAGAUAAUAAAACCAAGAUGUCUAAGUCUGGAGGACAAGACCAGGAGAGGAAACACAAGAAAAGGCGUGGUGAGUUCUACUCCAUCCAGACCUCACUGAUUGUGGCCGCUCUGAAGAAGAUGCUGCCGAUUGGCCUCAACAUGUGUACGCCAGGAGAUCAGGAGCUCAUAUCUCUAUCCAAGACUCGCUACCUCCUGAAAGACACAGAUGAUGAGGUCAAAGAUCACAUUCGGCAGAAUCUGCAUCUUAGAGAAAAGUCAGAGGACCCUGCAGUGAGGUGGCAGCUAAACCUGUACAAGGACAUAGUGAUGAGGAGCGAGUGGCCUCCAGACCCUGACAGGGUGGUGGACCGUAUCCAGAGGAUCUCUGCUGCUGUCUUCAACCUGGAGCAGGUGGAGCAGCCACUGAGAUCCAAAAAAUGUGUUUGGCAGAAGUUACUGUCCAAGCAGAGGAAGAGAGCGGUUGUUGCCUGCUUCCGCAUGGCUCCACUCUAUAAUCUACCCAGGCAUCGCUCUAUUAACCUCUUCCUCCUGGCCUAUCAGAGAAUAUGGAUAGAAACAGAGGAGUACUCUUUUGAGGAGAAGCUAGUGCAGGAUCUUGCAACGCAGCCCAAAGUGGAGGAAGAGGAGGAGGAGGAGGUCAGAAAACAACCGGACCCGCUUCACCAGCUCAUUCUGCAUUUCAGCCACAACGCUCUGACUGAGUGCAGUUCUUUGGAAGAGGAUCCCCUGUACAUCGCAUAUGCAGAUAUGAUGGCAAAAAGUUGUGCUGAAGGUGAAGAAGAGGAAGACGAGGAAGGGAAAGAGAAAACAUUUGAGGAAAAGGAAAUGGAGAAGCAAAAGAUGCUGUAUCAGCAAGCCAGGCUUCAUGACCGAGGGGCUGCAGAGAUGGUGCUCCAGAUGAUCAGCGCCAGCAAAGGUCGACUCGCUGCUAUGGUGACAUUCACCCUCAAACUGGGUAUCUCCAUUCUGAACGGGGGAAACACACUGGUCCAGCAGAAAAUGCUGGACUAUCUGAAGGAGAAAAGAGAUGUUGGCUUUUUCAAAAGUUUAUCUGGACUGAUGAUGUCCUGCAGUGUCCUGGACUUGAACGCGUUUGAAAGGCAAAACAAAGCUGAAGGUCUGGGGAUGGUUACUGAAGAGGGAUCAAUCAACGUGAGUGAGCGGGGUUCCAAGGUACUGCAGAAUGAUGAAUUCACUAAGGAUCUCUUUAGGUUCCUGCAGCUUCUCUGUGAGGGCCACAACAAUGAUUUUCAGAACUUCUUGAGGACUCAAACAGGGAACACAACUACGGUCAACAUCAUCAUUAGUACUGUAGACUACCUACUAAGACUCCAGGAAUCCAUCAGUGAUUUUUACUGGUACUACUCUGGUAAGGACAUCAUUGAUGAGGCCGGUCAAAGGAACUUCUCCAAAGCACUGGCAGUGGCCAAGCAGGUCUUCAACUCUUUAACUGAGUAUAUACAGGGUCCAUGCAUUGGGAAUCAGCAGAGUCUGGCUCACAGCAGGCUGUGGGAUGCUGUGGUGGGAUUCCUGCAUGUUUUUGCCAACAUGCAGAUGAAGUUAUCCCAGGACUCCAGUCAGAUUGAAUUACUGAAGGAGCUGCUGGACCUACAGAAGGACAUGAUCGUUAUGAUGCUCUCUCUUCUCGAAGGUAAUGUUGUCAAUGGCACCAUUGGCAAACAAAUGGUGGACACUUUGGUGGAAUCUUCAAGCAACGUGGAGAUGAUCCUAAAAUUCUUUGACAUGUUCCUCAAGUUGAAGGAUUUAACGACCUCAGACAGCUUCAGGGAAUAUGACUCUGAGAGCAAAGGGAUCAUUUCGAAGAAGGAUUUCCAGAAGUCCAUGGAGAACCAGAAACAGUACUCCCAGUCUGAGAUUGAGUUUCUUCUCUCUUGUGCUGAGGCGGAUGAGAACGACAUGUUCAACUACGAGCAGUUUGUGGAGAGAUUCCACGAACCCGCCAAGGACAUCGGCUUUAACGUAGCCGUGCUGCUAACCAAUCUCUCCGAGCAUAUGCCCCAUGAUGCUCGCCUCUCAACCUUCCUCGACCUGGCUGAGAGCGUUCUCAGCUACUUUGAGCCCUUUUUGGGUCGUAUUGAGAUCAUGGGUGGAGCCAAGCGCAUCGAGAGAGUCUACUUCGAGAUCAGCGAGUCGAGUCGUACCCAGUGGGAAAAGCCUCAGGUGAAGGAGUCGAAGCGGCAGUUCAUCUUCGAUGUUGUCAAUGAAGGCGGAGAGAGCGAGAAGAUGGAACUGUUUGUCAACUUCUGUGAGGACACCAUCUUUGAGAUGCAGCUGGCUUCCCAAAUUUCAGAGCCAGACCCGGUGGAGCGCCCGGAGGAGGAGGAAGACGACAACCAGAGUGUGGUGGAGAACCAGGAGGAGGCAGAGGAGGAAAGCAUGAUGUUGGAGUCUUCCUCUGCUUUCACAAUCGCCUGCGUCUCAUUGAGAAAAAGCCUGUGCCACUUCCGCCAGAUGCUGACUCUCAAGAGCAUGAGGCGGCAGUACAGGAAGUUCAGGAAGAUGAGUGUGAAGGAGAUGGUGCGAGGUUUCUUCUCUUUCUUCUGGGUGAUCAUCACGGGACUCUUCCACUUCGUCUACAGCCUCAUUUGGGGUUUCUUCCACAUCUUGUGGACCACUAUGUUUGGCGGCGGCCUCGUUGAAGGGGCUAAAAAUAUGAAAGUGACAGAUAUUUUGGGAAACAUGCCAGAUCCCACUCAGUUUGGCAUCCAUGGAGAUGUGUUGGAGACGGAGAAGUUGGAGGCGAGCGAAGCGUCGGCGUUGGCAGAGAUGGGUCAGAUGGCUCAGGGGGAAGCAGCAGAGGCAGACCUGAUGGCUGAGUUGCUGAACAUACAGCCCAAGAAGGAGGGAAAGCACGCGGCAGAGCCUGGUUUGGGGGAUGUGUCUGAGGUGGUGGUGGGGGACGCUCCGUCUAUUGCCAGUGCCGUCAAGCAGAAGAAGGCACAGCUGGCUGCGAAGAAGAGGGCUGCGAAUGGAGACUACAAAUCUGAUUCAGAGAAAGGAGAUUCAGAAGACGGUGAGAAGAAGGACCACGACAAGGCCAAAGACGAAGCCCCUCCAGAGCACGCGGCGGAGGAGAAAAAAGCCCCGAAGAAGAGGCUCGGCCAGAAGAAAGAACCGCCAGAGGCGUUCAUGGCCAGCUUCUUCGCCGGCCUGGAAGUCUACCAGACUAAGAUGCUGAACUACCUGGCCAGAAACUUUUACAACCUCCGCUUUCUGGCACUUUUCGUUGCCUUUGCCAUCAACUUCAUUCUGCUCUUCUACAAGGUAACCGGGGAUUACUCGGACGAUGAAGACCCCUGGAAUGGUCGAGGUAGAGCUGGGGAGGAGGAAGAUGAAGGGGCGCUUGAGUACUUCGUCCUGCAGGAGAGCACAGGCUACAUGGCGCCAACGCUUCGCUGUCUGGCGAUACUACACACUAUCAUAUCUUUCCUGUGUGUAGUGGGAUACUAUUACCUGAAGGUGCCACUGGUGGUGUUUAAACGUGAGAAGGAGAUAGCGAGGAAGUUAGAGUUUGCCGGUCUCUACAUCACUGAGCAGCCAUCUGAUGAUGACAUCAAAGGACAGUGGGACAGACUGGUCAUCAAUACCCCUUCUUUCCCAAACAACUACUGGGAUAAAUUUGUCAAACGCAAGGUGAUCAAAAAAUAUGGAGACCUGUAUGGAGCGGAGAGGAUAGCGGAGCUGCUGGGCCUGGAUAAGAGUGCCCUGGAUUUCAACCCUACAGAGGAAACUGUCGCCAAGGAGGCUUCAUUGGUGUCAUGGUUGAGCUCAAUCGAUACAAAGUACCACGUCUGGAAAAUGGGAGUGGUGUUUACAGACAAUUCUUUCCUGUACCUAGUGUGGUACACCACCAUGUCCAUUCUGGGCCACUACAACAACUUCUUCUUCGCCGCCCAUCUGCUGGACAUCGCCAUGGGCUUCAAGACCCUCCGCACCAUCCUCUCCUCUGUCACACACAACGGCAAACAGCUGGUGCUGACGGUCGGCCUGCUGGCAGUCGUGGUCUAUCUCUACACUGUGGUGGCCUUCAACUUCUUCAGGAAGUUCUACAACAAGAGCGAGGAUGAGGAUGAGCCGGACAUGAAGUGUGAUGACAUGAUGACGUGCUACUUAUUCCACAUGUACGUUGGGGUGAGAGCAGGAGGGGGCAUCGGGGAUGAGAUCGAGGACCCGGCUGGUGACCCGUAUGAACUCUACCGCAUCCUUUUUGACAUUACCUUCUUCUUCUUUGUCAUCGUCAUCCUCCUGGCCAUCAUCCAGGGUUUGAUCAUUGAUGCCUUUGGAGAGCUGAGAGACCAGCAGGAACAAGUCAAAGAGGACAUGGAGACCAAAUGUUUCAUUUGCGGGAUCGGUAAUGAUUACUUCGACACAACACCUCACGGCUUUGAGACCCACACCUUACAAGAGCACAAUUUGGCCAACUACCUGUUUUUCUUGAUGUACCUUAUCAACAAGGAUGAGACAGAGCACACUGGCCAGGAGUCAUAUGUGUGGAAGAUGUACCAGGAGCGAUGCUGGGAUUUCUUCCCAGCUGGAGAUUGCUUCCGCAAACAGUAUGAAGAUCAGCUUGGAUAGAGCAGAUGCAUCCUCUUUACCUCUAUUGAUAUGAAGUGGGCUGCUGGAAUACGUAGUCCCACGUGCAGCUGCUGGACUACAACACCACACAGUCAUCCCACCAAUGCUUUGGACUAGCCUGAGGAGAGACAAAGCAAAACUACUACUUUUUAUCCAAAAUAAGGAAACAUCUCCUACCCAUGUCAGAUGUACCUUUGUCACCGUUGGUACAGUCUGUACCCGUAUGUGAGGAAAUGACCUGUAACUCG